AUGACUGAAAAUACCCAGACAAAUCUAUCAUGUUUGCUGUGCGGGCCUGGCAAAGUUCGGUUUGAGGAGAGGGAGGUACCGGUAGUCGAAGAUCCCCAUGACAUCCUGGUCCGAAUCUCAUACGUGGGUGUUUGCGGCAGUGAUGCCCACUUUUGGACGCAUGGUGGUGUUAUCCGAAUGGUCUCAGAAGAAGAACCACUCGUCAUGGGCCAUGAGGCCUCGGGGGUCGUAUUCUCCGUAGGACCGGCCGUCACAAAAGUCGUCCCCGGAGACCGUGUUGCUAUUGAGCCUGGAUUCCCUUGUCGACGUUGCACGCAAUGCAAGGCAGGAAAAUACAACCUCUGUCCUGAGAUACAAUUCGCCGCGGACCCACCUCGAGCUCAUGGAACCUUAGCGCGUUUCUUCAGAGCCCCCGAAGACUUUGUGUAUAAGGUUCCGGAAUCGGUCAGUUUGCAAGAAGCUGUUCUUGUAGAGCCCUUGGCCGUUGCUGUUCAUGGUGCCCGCAUCGCUCAAAUAGCGCCUGGCGACAAUGUGCUUGUUCAGGGAUCUGGAACCAUCGGGCUCCUGGCUGCUGCUGUUUCCAAAGCCUUUGGUGCCAAAGCCAUCUUUGGAGCUGAUAUCAACAAAGCCAAGCUGGACUUUGCAAAACAGUUCGUCGAGGAGUGUCUCACCUUCAUCCCCGAUACGAAAUCUACGCCCGAAGAGGAAGCAAUCAGAUUCAAAAGAGAGAUGAACCUCAGCAAUGGUGUCGAUGUUGUCCUGGAAUGCACUGGAGUCGAGUCAUCUGCUCGAACUGGGAUUUUUGCAUCAGCAGCAGGAUCUACCUUUGUUCAGAUUGGACUUGGGAAGCCAGAUCUGAACCUGCCUAUACUGGCUAUGUGUGAGAAAGAAACAGUCCUCAAGACAGCUUGGAGAUACUCUCCAGGGGACUAUGACAUCGCUCUGGACCUAUUGGCAUCGGGCAAAAUAAAUGUCAAGUCAUUGAUCAGCAGCAUAGUGCCGUUCACGGAUGCGGCAGUAGCUUGGGAGCGGACAAAAAGAGGCGAGGGCAUCAAAAACUUGAUUGAGGGAGUACGAGAUUAA